ACGCGGCUAAUCGUCAUAGGCCGUUAAUAUGAGCCGCGACCUCGAUCAAAUCUAAUUGAUAACUGCAGUAAAUUAUGUUAUUAAUAUUCUGGAAAUAAAUUUAAAUCUUUCACCAAUAUUAAUUGUAUGGUUCAAAGCAGCUCUAACUGUGUCUAGUAUUAAUUCAUUUGCGGGCGAAGCAUUUUUAAAAAACUUUUAUGGGUUUUCAUAGUUUAUUUUUUAUUUGCUGUUCAUACUAUUGAUAAUAUUAAUAAAGAUAUAUGUUCCGUAUUAAUGUUAGGUGGCAUGAUACGGGCCGCUUCAGAAAUACAAUUUAAGAACAAAAAAAAAAAAAAACAUAAACAAGCGACAUUUUAGUGAUUGUAAUUUAAAUUAGGCUGUAUGUGUUUUAAAUGACUUACAUCCAUUUCUGCUGAAUAAACUAAUAACGAAUUAGAUGUUUGUAUAUGGGCUUAACUUUGACCCCAAAACAGGCUCUUUUACGGUCAACUACAUUCGGCAGGACCUCUUAACUCUGUCUGUUCCUGCUUGUAUAUCUGUCAGUAAAACAUAAUUAUUUGUUUCCAACUGCGGCGUGUGCAGUCGCUUUUUUUUUGUUAAUUGGGGUGUUUAUGGAGUCCUGGUGAUUGUAAGGAGCUAGGCUGUCCUUCAUUCAAGGCCUAAAAAGGAGGCACCAGGACGAGGUACUGGUCUCUCUGCCAAGCCGGUGUUGACGUCUCUCUCUGGGCUACCGUGCCGAGCAAGGCCCCGCCAGGUCCUGGAAAUUAAUUUAUAGCGUCAAUGCAGCUCAUCCUCGUUGUUUCGGAUCUCAACGUGCUGUUAGCGUCAGCCGUGUUCCGUGUCGCUUCAUGAGAGGUCACCUAAAGGACAGCAACCCCACUUCCCCGUCCCCUUAGAAAAAAAAGCCUCAGCAAACUGGCUUACGCUUCCCAGAAUGCACCCCUCCAACCGACUGACCUUGGGGUCGGCAGCUGUCAAUCACAGCCUCAGCUGGCUCUGCAGCUUCAAGAUAUGAAGUGGAGGAUGUGAGGGAGGCCUCUGAGAGAAUCCCCAGCCCUGCGUAUGGGAUCAUCUCUGUGCAUUCAUGGCGGAUCUUUAGCAUAUAUACACCGAUGGACUCCAAAUUGAAUCAAAUGGGGCUUAUGAGGUCUCUCAGCCCAAAUGGACCUCUUGUUUACACACUUGUCCAUCAGCUGAGCGGUGGCGUGCGGCCUCAGGUAUCCGGCGAGAUGGUGAGAUGUCUCCAAAAACAACCGUACCGCAUCCCAGCUUGGGCGGCAGGAGGACGCCACCAACCUCCCCACCGCCUCUGGAGCACAGCGGCUCCUUCCUGCCGUGCAAUGAGCUGCACAAAUCCACGCACCUCAUUCCCCUGUCCAACCGCCUGAGCGGGCGCUCAGAUGUGUAUGCCGCAGCAGCUGUGGGGAGCUUUGGGGAGGUCGACUUUACGCACGACGCGGCCCCGCCGACCCGUUCGGAGUCACCGGUCAAACACAGCAAAUUCUUGGAAAGUUUGAACCAGGAUCACAAGGCUAACGUUGUUACUGGGAAGUCACCCUUCUAUGAGGUCACCUCAGAACUCAGAGAAAAAGGAGCGCUAAAAAGCCUAGGCUACCCUGGCAUGGGCACCGACUGCUGCGGGAAGUUGAAAGAGGCGGGCGGAGGCUUGCAGGGUGACUCCAUCGCAGACUCCAUCGACCUCUCGUGCAAAAACAAGAAGCGGCGCAAUCGCACCACCUUCAGCACCUUCCAGCUGGAGGAGCUGGAGAAAGUCUUCCAGAAGACGCACUACCCUGACGUGUACGCUCGCGAGCAAUUGGCCCUGAGGACCGAGCUCACAGAGGCCCGAGUCCAGGUUUGGUUUCAGAAUCGUAGAGCCAAGUGGAGGAAACGGGAACGCUAUGGAAAGAUUCAGGAGGUCCGCAACCACUUCACUACAGCAUAUGAUAUUUCUCUUCUCCCUCGCCAUGACACCUACCAGAUGCAGGGCAAUCUGUGGACGGGGACUUCAGGAGGAGGCGGCGGUUCAGCUGCUGGUUGUGUCAUCGGACCCGAGUCCCUACCCUCAUCCUGCAUGGGUCCAUACCCCCACCCUCACAGCAAUCUGCAGAGCUUCAUGGGCAUUCCCACAUCCCCCAGCCAUCACCACCACCACCACCACCAUCACCCGCCGCACCAUCCAGGCAUCAACAGCCUCUACUCUCUACACGGCUUCCCCGGAGCGCUCGGGUCUCCAUCCAUCGAGGGUCCAGAGAGCGAUUACAAGCCAACUGGCCUGAUGGCGCUUCGUAUGAAAGCCAAGGAUCCUGGCAGCAUUCUCUCUUGGCCUACAUGACGACGACACUGCCAGCUCUCCCGCAUACACUGACUGAGCCAAAGCAUAUUAAUCCCUGACCUGUACAGAGUCCCAGAUGGACACACUCCUCUCAGCGUACGAUUUUCUCUUAACAUUUCUCCCAGCCAACUUGGAGGCUUUUCAAAACUAUGAAUGUUGAAAUGCAUGAACCCAAAGCGCAGCGUGAGACCAAAAAAAUAUAACAUCUUCUCGGGACGUUUCCUGUUUCCAGUUGUAGGUUGAUAUCACAUUUGCGGAGACCAAAGAAAAUGUUAGCAAACCCUGUAAUUAUUAUUCUAAUAAUCAUCGUUCGAUGUCUGUUGUGUAUUAUAGUGUGACCAGUAAUAAAGGCCUUUGUCUACAUCAGCUGUCUUGUUGAGUAGAUUCAGCAAAAACCUUGGAAACAGCUGCAGUUACUGGAGACCUGACAAAAUAACAAUUACUAAGUAAAGGAGCAACAUUUAAGAAAGCUACGAAC